CUCCUGCUCCUCCCCUCCUCGGGAUUGAGCACCAAAACGCCCGCCUGCAAGGUCCUAGGCGCGCUGGCAGCCAGGAGUCGCCGCCACCACCACCGGGUCUCUGUGGGUGCCUGCGCCUUCUCCCCGCCCUCCUGCCCCGGGUCUUUCAGAAACUUGCUCCACCCGCCGCGGGUGCUCGGCAGUACUGCUCAUGGCCCAGCCCAGGAGCCUAUUUAGGGCGCCGGACGGGCUGGACAGAGGCGCGGCUCAGUAAUUGAAGGCCUGAAACUCCCAUGCGCCACUGACUAGGAGGCUUCCGUGCUGCGGCGCUUCAUGACCCAGCGGCGCGCGGCCCAGUGAAGCCACCGUGGUGUCCAGCAUGGCCGCGCUGCUCCUGGGCGCGGUGCUGCUGGUGGCCCAGCCACAGCUAGUGCCUUCCCGCCCCGCCGAGCUGGGCCAGCAGGAGCUUCUGCGGAAAGCGGGGACCCUCCAGGAUGAGGUCCGCGAUGGUGCGGCCCCUAACGGCUCUGCCCAGCAGCUGCCGCAGACCAUCAUCAUCGGCGUGCGCAAGGGCGGCACGCGCGCGCUGCUGGAGAUGCUCAGCCUGCACCCCGAUGUGGCGGCCGCGGAGAACGAGGUCCACUUCUUCGACUGGGAGGAGCACUACAGCCACGGCCUGGGCUGGUACCUCAGCCAGAUGCCCUUCUCCUGGCCACACCAGCUCACGGUGGAAAAGACCCCCGCGUACUUCACGUCGCCCAAAGUGCCUGAGCGAGUCCACAGCAUGAACCCGUCCAUCCGGCUGCUGCUCAUCCUGCGAGACCCGUCGGAGCGCGUGCUAUCUGACUACACCCAAGUGUUCUACAACCACAUGCAGAAGCGCAAGCCCUACCCGUCCAUCGAGGAGUUCCUGGUGCGCGACGGCCGGCUCAACGUGGACUACAAGGCCCUCAACCGCAGCCUCUACCACGUGCACAUGCAGAACUGGCUGCGUUUCUUCCCGCUGCGCCACAUCCACAUUGUGGACGGCGACCGCCUCAUCAGGGACCCUUUCCCCGAGAUCCAAAAGGUCGAGAGGUUCCUGAAGCUGUCGCCGCAGAUCAAUGCCUCGAACUUCUACUUUAACAAAACCAAGGGCUUUUACUGCCUGCGGGACAGCGGCCGGGACCGCUGCUUACAUGAGUCCAAAGGCCGGGCGCACCCCCAAGUAGAUCCCAAACUACUCAAUAAACUGCACGAAUAUUUUCAUGAGCCAAAUAAGAAAUUCUUCGAGCUUGUUGGCAGAACAUUUGACUGGCACUGAUUUGCAAUAAGCUAAGCUCAGAAACUUUCCUACUGUGCCAAGUAUCUUCCAUCCUAAGAGGUGUGUCCCAGCUACAGGAAGGGCAAGAAGAAGCCUGCAUUUUUCUCAGCAGUGUUAUCAGGGAAGUGAGUCACCUUGGUAUAUUUCAGCAGCUCCAGCCUGACCUGACCUCAGCGUGGCUUAUGCCCCACCCCGUAUCAUGCGCAGGCAGCAGAGAGGAUGCCUUCCUCUUUAUAAUCCAUUAAAGUUGUUAUCAAACCAUCAUCUCCCCCGGAGGAAGUAGCGGAAAUAUUUACAGCAGGCCCCUGGUGGACAGGGUACUUCUCAAUAGGCAGACAGCCUCCCUCUGCAACGCAUCGUUGGACCUUGCUUUUACCAUACUCGUUGAAGAGCUGAAGAAAUAAGAGGGCUCAGAAAGGUUAAGUCAAGUUUCCAAGCCCGUUCGGGAAUAUGGUGACUGAAAGGAAACUGCAAUGAGAGUCUCUGACUCUGAAGAAGAUGCUCUUUGCAAAUGGCCUGCAAAUUCCUGUGCCCUGACAGGGAUGGUCUGGUUGAAGCGUGAACUGUUGUUGCAAAAGGCAGCGGGGAGGAGUGGAGGAAGACAGGACUGGCACAUGGAACAUAAUCUGGCUGCUGGGACUGGCAUAGUCAAUGGAGGGGAUGGUCCAGUGUAAAAUGAUUAGUGAAUGUAAACCCAACGUUUUCAUUUGAGGGUGCAGAGCUGUGGCUAAAGGAAUGUUCAAAUGAGUCUACCAUGAGCAAGGGGUCAGAGGUCCUAGUGGCACUGUAUGUUCAUUCAUGUUUGGUACAACCCCAGCCAGUCACUGAGAAGGUACACGGGGUAAGAAACCUUCACUCCAGAUUUACCCAAGGUAUUUCUUAAUAGAUAUCACCGAGCAUUGUCAAAUUCAAAGAAGGCCCUGUAGUAGACCCUGGCCUGUCCUGAUAGGGCCAAAAUGCAGUGACUCGGGAGACUAAUAGGCACCCAGUCCCUCCCAAACAUGCCUCCUACCAAUUCCAUUAACAGAGACAGAUGUCAAUGGAAGGGGUGGGGCUCCUGUCCAGACCACUCCAGCCCAGGGGCAGCCUGGGGGAUCUAGGUGGGUCCUUCCAGAGAGGCAGCUGAGAGCAACUGAACCAAGCCUCAGCUAUUAGAAUUGGAAUAUUUACACACUUGACACUCCAGAGUCAGAACCGUUUCCCUUUCCCUUCCUCCUGGAAUCAGAUAGGGUUGAAAUCUUUUUAACAUCAUUUGGUUAUCAGCUCACAGCCUGAAGGUUUGUGAAUUUAAGAAAAGUGACAUGCCUCUGAGCACAGGGUGCUUUACUCCUUCUGUGCUGGGAGGCUUACCCAACUGGAAGGAGAUGCAGGGUAGGGGAGGCCGAUGCCUAGUGCGCCUGCUGCUUACAGGGGUGGAGUCACAGGUCACCAUUAUUCUUUAAAAUUUUACUUUUUUGAGCCCCUACCAUAUGCUCAAUAUGGUAUUAAGUCCUCAAGAAUAUGAAAAGAAAAUACAACAGGAACUAGUAGACAUUAACUGUUUGUUCUGCACUUUAAUGAAAAUCCAGAGGGUCUUGGAGUACAAGGGGAAAGACAUUUAGCUGUGUAUAGACUGGGUGGGGCGAUGUGUUCCAUGGUUUGACAUUCAGUUCAGCAACAUUGCUGAGAGAAAUCAACUAGCCCCCGUAGAGAGAAGAGGAAACUGAGGUUUAAAAAGUAGUCCUG